GCUUCCUUGUUUUGCUGUGCUUUUUUCCUGUGUUUCGUUUAAUUUGGGGGUUUCGUUUACUUUUCGAGGGUUUGCUCUUGGAAAUUAUGGAAUUUCGAGUUUAAUUCACCGAAAUUUGUGUUAUUUCUAUUUAGAAGCUAACCGUUUGUUUGAUUCUUGGCAAAAAGUGCAAGGGAAAGAUUAACAGGACAGAAACUUAAUGCUUGAAAAUUGGAUCUUCUACUAUCGUUUAGUUAAUUUUAUAUAUUUGAUUUAAAUUAGUCAGUCUGCUAAUGGAACUCGCUUAGUAUUGAGGUCUAGAAUUUUAUGUGUUCUAAGGAUUCCUGUAGCUAAUUGCUACUGAUUACUUUUAAGAUAGAUAGAAACGAUGGACUGUGUUUAUUCAUACUUGUUUAUGUGUUUUGAUGUUAACUACUGCAAUUUUGUGUUUAUUUUUAGUUCUUAUUAAUCUUGAAGGCUUGCGGUAGUAUUACAAUGUAAUCUUUUAUUAUAUUAGAUGGUGUCUAUUGCUAACUAUUUUUGCUUUGGUGCAUUGCUGUUUUUGGUUGCUGAAUGGACAUGGACUUCUAUCUGCAGUGCUUGCUGGGCUUGCUUUUAUGUUUUCAGCUAGUAUUCUAUUGCAGAUAUUGGCUUGUGCAAUAUAUAACAACUGGUGGCCAAUGUUAUCAGCUCUCAUGUACGUGCUGGUUCCUAUGCCUUGUUUAUUCUUUGGAGGUGGGUCUACUCAGUUUCUGAUUAGCCGGGAUGGUGGGGGUUGGGUAGAUGCUGCCAAAUUCCUUACAGGGGCAUCAGCUAUCGGAAGCAUAGCAAUUCCAAUUAUCCUUCGGCAUGCUCACAUGAUCGAAACAGGAGCAAUGUUGAUCGAGUUCACAUCGUUCUUCAUAUUUGUAUGCACGGUUUUAUGUUUUCAUCGUGCCAGUCUAGAGGACGAUUGGUGAUUGAUACAGCUCUUACUAAAAUCCUACC